AACAACGGCGGAAGGGGGACCCGGGCGGGGUCUUGUCGGAGCGCAUGCGCGGUACGCGCCCGACGCGGCACGUCUUCCCGAGUCGCCCGCGCUGCUGUCGCGGGGUCCCUGAAUCGCGGGCGGCCCCGGCUCCCUGCGCUCGGCCAUGGCCCCCCCGCCUCCGUGCAGGCUCCCGAGGUCGCUGCCGCCGUGGCUGCUGCUGCUGCUGUUGAGUGUGGCGCUGCUGGGCUCCCAGGCCCGAGCCGAGUCCGCCGCUGGGAGCGCCGUCCCCGCGCAGAGCCGCCCGUGCGUGGACUGCCACGCGUUCGAGUUCAUGCAGCGCGCCCUGCAGGAUCUUCGGAAGACGGCCUACAGCCUGGACUCGAGGACGGAGACCCUCCUGCUGCAGGCCGAGCGCCGGGCCCUGUGUGCCUGCUGGCCUGCCGGGCGCUGAGGAUCCUCAGACACCACUGUCCCCUCAUCAAUAAAUGCCCAGCCCAGCA